AAGAUAACUUACACAUGUGACUAGGGGAUUCUCGAAUGCAGCUGUUUGUAGUAUGAUUGACGCCAAUAACAGCGAAUUGAAGCCAUUUCUGUGAGCGAUCGAAUUACUAAUCAGUUGUUCCAAUUUAUAAACCAACACAUAAAACCGAGGUGGCUCGAAAUGGAGAUUAGAUUCAGCAGUUUAAUGUUGCUAUUGUCAUGCAGUCUCCACCAGUCACUUUUGGGAAUUCUCGCGUCGGUGCCCCAUACCGAUGCCAAAAAAUGUCAACACAAAUUAAGUUCCAAGGGAGAGCCGGUGAAGAAAGUCCAGAUGAUCCGACGUAUACCAGCGCGCUGCUCCGGAUGGGAUGAAGCAUGGUCCUGGAUCUCCAAGAAAGACUGCCAUACCAAAUAUAUAUUGGACUAUGUAGAACUACCAAGUGCUGUCCAGAGAGAUGACGAAGAUUGCGAAGAGGAAUUAUCCGUACCUGCACCCAGCAACCAGUUUGACAUAACUGAUGAGAAGUUCUUGGCGAUAACAUUUGGGUCUGCAACCUUGGCUCUUCUUAUAAUUGUGGUGAUCAUUGUUGUCAGCGUUAUGCGUCGGGGGAAUUAUAGAUGUACAUGCUGUGGAGAUGGACCCGCCUACAUUUCUGCUAAUGUUGUUGAUCGAGAAAAUCCCAACGAAAUAAGAAACUGCAAUCUCUACGAAGGAAAUACACCAGAUGGUGACCAUAUUUACGAGGAGGUAUUUGACAAAACGAAAGUCAACAUCGACGAUAAAGAACCAUCUGAUAUUAACAUGUAUGUGCCUAAAGAAGACAUUAAGUCGAAAACCUCUAACGGGGUUCAUCAGAGAAGACCAGUUACACCAACAGCGCCUUUGGAAGAGGACGUCACUAAUACUGCUGGGAUAGCUCAACCUAAUGAAUAUAGUGUUUUGAAAGAAACUCUCGUUAAAUCUGUUGACAAACAUACUAAUAUUUCUGAAAAUGUUAGUGUAUACACACAUGAUACACAAUUAAGUACUCGAAUUGCUGCAGACAGCGACAAAAACAUUCUUGAUGCAAAACCACGUUCUGAAGGAGCAUAUAAAAACAUUGAUAACGAAUUAAAUCAUGAAGAUUUAGAACGAGACAGUCUUCUUUGUAAGGAGCAAAAUGGCGUCGUUCUUGGUAGCGCAUCUGAACAUGAAGAUCAAAUUGUUCAAAUUAAUGAGUCACGUGAUGCAGAUUGA